CGGUGAGGGGCGGGACCAGAAGAGAGCGCCCUUUUUUUUUUCUUUUCAAAUAAAGCGCUAGAGAAAAAACCGACAGCGCCUGAGGAAUAAGGGGCGGGAGAGACAGAGAGGAGGCUGACUGACUCAGUAGGGAGAGCAGAAGGGCAAAGCUGGAGGCAGACAGUGAGAGCGGUCAGGGGAGCUUAGUUAGUCACACUUCACCUGUUGCUUGCCUACGAUUCCCAGCAGCCUCUUGCAGUCGCCAGAUUAUUCCGGUGGGAUUAUGGGAGCUACAGGUAUAACAGGAUACAUAUGGGGGCAGCAGGUGGGAAGAAGUGAGUGAUGGCAGGGGGUGUGCCAGGAACAGCACAAAUGGCUGUGCAAUGGGGAGAGGGCGAGGGACGGAGCGGUAAGGGGGAGGCACAGGACGUGGGCGAUGUGACGGGAUAAAUGUCGGCAUAUGUCUGACAGUGGCAGCGAAAGAAGGGUAGCCCGAUGAGCCUCUGGCCUGCCGCAUAUAUACGGCAAUAAGCCAAUAAUAAAGACUUACACACCAUUACUGGGGAUUGGAAAGUGACACAGCAGAAGCCCCUGGGGUGGAGGCGAGUGCACAGCUGGAGAGUGUAGCCUGGACUGACAUGUGUAUGGCUCUAGGGCUAUGAGGGAUGUAGGGCUAUGAGGCAGAGUGACUGGCAUUGUCAGGACAAGAUGGCAUGUACAGUCAUACUAGGGAUAUGUGUGACUGGGGGGCAUGGGACGUAUGAUGGGGGUAGACGAUAGUGAACAGACCAGAAGGAAGGAGGCAAAGACCCUGGGCAUUAGGAUGGAGUGCAGCCAGUGGAGGAUACAUAGGAGAUGACAGUGUAGAGAGAGGAGGAGGCACAGGACAAUAUAGGGAGACGACUGGAGAAUACACAGGAGAUAAAUGUAAGAAGGGAGUCGAUCGCUGGACUGACAGGUGAGGGUCCAUAUAAAAGGAAGAAAGCAACAAAAAGGCUAGAGCCAAACCUUUGGUGUUAGCACAGGAGCUUAAGACGAUGAGCGCAGAUUUGCAGGAUAUUUCUCUGUGGUCAGCUGUUUGUCUGGCUGCGCCUCAUUCUUCAGUGCCUCGUGUGGGUGCCGGUGUGUCAGGCUGGAGAGCUGCCAUUUAUCUGGAAUCCAAGUCACGGCACUCAGACUCUCUCUCCGAACUGUCAGUCGCAGCUGUACUUUGCCUGUGACUAAGCCGCUCUUUGGAGUUGCACUUUGCACUUUCUCGAUGGCGAUUUUAUAAAGGCUGGACUGUGCGCAUUCCAACAGAGGAUCCUAAACUUCACUGUCACUGGCGGAUCCGUUAGGCCUAAUCCAUUGUGCAGCCAGCGCUGCAUUCCCGGCCGAACUCUUGUGCCUCUGUGUCUUCUACUCCUUCCACUCCCCAUGCCUCUCACUUGGAUCCUUCCGUUUACUCAGUGAAAUGGGACUGGAAGGACUCAAGUCCAGCAGACAGCGGGCGGCUGUGGAAAGGCUAUAGGGACAAGGAGUAAGUAUGAGAAGGAAAGCCGGCCUGAGGGGAGCAGAAAGGGAAGCUUCCAGCUGGGACAUGAGCAGCAGUGCAUGGGGAGAGAGGGGCGUGCAUGGGGAAUGGCACACAAGCGGGAUAUUCAGAAAACUGCUGCACAAGAGACAAGAUUGGGAAGAAGGCUGCACGAUGGGGAGCAGCAGAGCUCAUUAGUUUGGGCAGAAGUUACAUGGAAAGAACUAGGGUGCAAUUCGUGGAGUAUAAGAAUAGUAAAAGUUGGGGUGUUCGACUAGAGCUGAUUGACAGUGGGUGAGGGGAUUGUGUAGGGUCGGUAGGUUGGUUGGGUGCAGUGGAGGAGCGAGCUUGUGACAAGAGUGGCAGAAUGAAGACAUGAGACAGAAAUGACUAUAUGGAACCAGGGGAGCGGCUGAAGCCACAGGUGGGGAGGAGAGGCUGCACUACACGAGUCAGCGAGGAAGACAAUGGGGAGACUGUGACACAAAGAGAGGAGGAAUCUUUUAGUAAUGUGGAAAAGGUGUCCGGGAGAGAGUGGUGAGGUCGGCAGAGAGAGGAGGCAAGCGCUGGGUAUUGGGGAGAGAGUAGUGAGACAGGGAGAUAGAGCUGAGAAGCGGCUGGUGAAAGGCAGGAAUGGAGAGAGAGAGAGAGAGGGCAAGUAGUUGGCAGAGGCUUGCAGCAGAGAGAGCGGGCAGUGAGGCUGCUAGAGAGGGAAAUGGUGUAGAUUGGAAAGGCUGUCAGGGAGAGAGUAUUGAGACUGGGAGAUAAAGGAGGGAAGCGCUGGAUAGUGGGGAAAGCUGUGAGAGAGAGGAGGAGAGCAGAGGGAGGCAGUGGAGUGAGGCUGGCUUGAGAGAGAGCGGAGAGACUGCAGCAGAGGUGGAAGCUGCAGGACUAUCUGCUCAUCACGUGUGCUUGGGGCGGAGACCUGGCACUGACUUUUUUACGAGUAUUUACUACGAGCUAUCACCCUAUUAGCUCAGAUCCCCGGCUGUCAGCCUGUCCAUGCCUUGCCCCAGUCACCCACUGCCCAGCCCCGUAUCCCUAUCCUGGACCCCAGUUGAGAAUGGAAGAUCCAAUGGCGGACCUUUUAAGUACGGCUGCUGCGCGGGGGGAAUUGGAGAGAUUGGAAGACCUGCUGAAGGGGGCGCGAAAUGUGGAUGCACCCAACAGAUUUGGGAGGACCGCUUUGCAGGUAAUGCGGCUGGGGAAUCCGGCUAUAGCCAGGCUGCUUCUAAGACAAGGAGCUGACCCCAACAUGCGAGACAGGACUGGCUUCUCUGUUGUGCACGAUGCGGCCAGGGCUGGCUUCCAGGACACGUUGGAGACCUUCUUUGAUUUCCAGGCAGAUGCCAAUAUAGAAGAUAACGAAGGAAACCUGCCCCUACACCUGGCUGCCAGAGAAGGUCAUCUCCAGGUGGUGAAAUUCCUGGUCCUUCACACAGACAGCCAGCUGGGCCACCGGAACCGAUACGGGGACACCCCAUGUGACCUGGCCAAGGUGUAUAAAAGAGAAGACGUGACCCAGUGGCUACACGGCUAUGUCAGUGGGCAUGAGCCAGGUGGCAAGUGACUGCUUCCGAAUCUGUGCCCUGCUAGAGACAAUUCGGCAGAUCAACCAUUCAGCACCAUCUUAAAUCCCAGCAGGCACAAGGAGGGUUAAAGUUACACUCACUAAGCCGCCCACCUGCCUUAUAGAACGAUUUCCUGGCGAACUGGUCUAGCUGAGCCUAUGCUCGAUGUAUCUGUCGUAACUAAAUAACUGUGAUUAAUGGACUGGUUACAAGCACUAGGGAUGGGAAGGGAUCUGGGCAGAAAUAUCUGCCAUGUAAAUAAUUCUGCACCCCCUUCUGCUAAAUGUAUCUAACCUAGCGCACCUUGCCUAACCCCAUUAAGUAUAUACCCUGUGUGAAUGUCUCUCCCUUGUACUUCUUCUCCCAGGGAGCCUCUCAUUCUGCACACUGUGUGUCCCACUCCUGUUGUAUGGGUGUGUGGAACCUGUGGCACUCAAGCUUUGGCUAAGCACCCACACCCCACGCAGGCUCUACAGCCAUCCUAUGUCUUUUAUCACCGUUUGUAACGUUUAUUCUGCUUUUAAUUGCUGAAAAUAAAUAUUUCCAAAUACUUUUUAAAAAACAAAACAAAAAUACCUUUGCCAAAUACCCAACCACCCUGAGACCAUGAGAUUGUAAAUCUUCAAGGUACAAAUAAAAACAUAUUUUUUUUCUGUU